GUUUUGUCGACGUCAUCAGACAAUGUGACGUUCAUUAUCGGCAAGUUAACGUUUUCCCGAAUAUUUCAUUGAUGGUUUUGACAACGAUAUGAAGCCAUUGCAUUUAGCUCUUCAUUGGUGCACCUGAAUUGUUUUAGGAGUGGUGAGUCUCACAUUGCAAUUUGUGAGUAUUUUUCAAGAUAAUUUGCUCUUUGAAAUGAAUGACAAGUCAGAUCUAACCUUACUUGACAGUAUGGAUAUAGCAGAAAAUGUGGAAAUCGUUGAAAGCAAUAAAAAUAACGAAGCAAACAACAUUAUGGACGAAAUAUGCUCUAAUUUAAACAUUUCACUGAGAAAUAGCGGAGUUGCUGUUAAAGACGAAUCAACCAUAAAAGGAAUACCUAAAGAAUAUGAGAGAGUAAAACCAGAUCCGCGAGCCAUGCGGGUCUUACUACGUCACUUAUACGAUACGACCGGUCAGUUGUAUGAAGAUGUACCUCCAAGAUUUAAAACAUCACAUAUUGGACUGGCCCUGUAUCUAAAGCACUGCCUACAACACUCAAAUAUGUUACAGUAAAAAAGACGAGAGUACAGUUGGAUUUUUCUACUUGUUUUACACUGUUCUAUUUUAAUUAUUCACAAUAUUAAAAACUGUAUUGUUCUUAUAGAAAAAAUACAAUCUUGCUAACCUUUAUUAGAAAUUUAUAAAAUGUAUGAUAGACUAUGUCAUCUGCAUAAAGUAUGAUACAAGUUUUUAAAAUUAAAGUUCACUUACGACAA